ACUAUAAGUCGCAGAAUGAUGGGGACCGCCGGGCACAAAAGGCACUAUAAAAACGUGGAAAAUAAUAGGAUACCUCACUCGUGAGUGUAUUCAGCGUAAUGCGCGGAAGAGGCAAGCGACGAUACCGUUAAUCGUGGGUGUUGAUACAGCUGCUCCCACGCCUGGUGCUGCAGAGAAUAAAAGAAGGGGUCAACAGAGACAAGCCCUGGAGUUGUGCGGAGUGUGGUUGGGUUUGGUGAUCUUCCUGGAGGACGCAUAUUACCGUAACACAGAACAGCACAGGAGCCAGCCCCAGGACCAGAGGGGAAGGUAGCAAAAGAGAGGCCAGCAGCAGCACGGCGGUGGCACAGAAGGAAUGACACCAGAGGGAAAAAGUCCCAGAGGGGCACCGGUAGCCCCUCCUGAUGGAGGCUGGGGAUGGAUGGUUGUGGCCGGCUGCUUCCUAGUCACCAUCUGCACCCGUGCUGUCACUAGAUGUGUGUCAAUCUUCUUUGUGGAGUUCCAGAUGCACUUUGGUCGGGACUACUCUGGCACGGCCUGGAUCCACUCGCUAGUCGACUGCACCACCUUCCUCUUUGCUCCUCUUGGCAGCUUCAUCGGGAACCGUCUGUCCACCCAAGCCACUGUGAUCAUGGGAGGGGUCCUGUCCUCUGCCGGCCUGAUCCUCAGCUCCUUUGCCACCAGUCUGGAGUACCUCUACCUCACCCUGGGCGUCCUCACAGGGUUGGGAUUUGCCCUCAGCUACACUCCAGCGGUGGCCAUGGUUGGGUCCUAUUUCAACGAGAGGAAAGCACUGGCCUAUGGGAUAGCAAUGUCUGGGACUGGGAUUGGGACCUUCAUCCUGGCCCCUGCUGUGCAUCUCCUGAUUGAACAUUACUCCUGGAGGGGGGCCUUGCUGAUUCUGGGAGGGUUUGUGUCCAACCUGUGUGUCUGCGGGGCCCUUAUGAGGCCCUUGGUGCCUAAAGGUAGAGGACAGAGGUGGCACAAGACAGCAGAGCUUGAGAAUGGGUAUGCCAUCCCAUUGGUGAAUGCCAAGCUAGCAGAAGGGAAGGUAAUGGACACAACACUUCCAUUCAUAAAGCCGUUGGACCCCAAUACAGAGUUUGUGAAUGUAACAGAUGUUAAGUUUGAAACUGAUAAACUUGCAGAAAUUAAACUCACUGAAAUGAAACUAGCAGAGGCACUCCUUGCUAAUGUACAACUAGCUGACUCGAGGCUGGCAGACAUGACGAUAGUAGAGGGCAUGGUUGUGAAUGUGAAUAGCGCGCUAACAGAGAAAAUGCUUGAAGAGAUCAAGCUAGCGGAUCAAAAUCUAGCCAACGGGAAGCUGAAGGACAUUAAACUAAUGGAGAACCUUGUCAUCGGUAGCCAGCUCGCUGAUGUUAAGCCUGUAGACACAAAGGUUGCUGAUGCAAAACUAGCGGAGUUAGUAGAUGCCAAGGUUCUGGCUGGCCUUGCUGCCCCUGGGCCAAUUGGUGCCCUGGCGGGGCCUAAGCUGGGAGGGUGCCUCUGCCUUCAGUCAAUGGAGGAGUUUAGCUUCCUGCUGAUGCCUGACUUCAUGCUGCUGUCCGUGUCCUUCCUGUUCCUGGCGUACGGCUGCAGUGUGCCCUUUGCCUACUUGGUGCCUUAUGCCCUCAGUGUGGGUGUGGAGCACCAGCAGGCUGCCUUCCUCAUGUCCAUCCUGGGGGUCACCGGAAUCGUAGGAAACAUCACGUUCAGCUGGCUCACUGACAGGAAGUGUGUGAAGAAGUACCGGAAAGUGAGCUUCAUGUUUGCUGUGGGUAUGGAGGGUCUCUCCUGCCUCCUGAUUCCUCUGCUACGUUCUUUCACCCUGCUGGUGCCUUUCUCCAUGCUCUAUGGCUAUUUUGAUGGUGCCUACUCUGCCCUCAUACCAGUGGUGACGUCUGACUUGGUGGGCUCAUCGUACCUAUCCUCAGCCCUGGGUGUGGUCAACUUCUUACAUGCCAUACCCUACCUGGUUAGCCCACCAAUAGGAGGCUGGUUGGUGGACUGGACUGGUGACUAUACUGCAGCAUUCUUCCUCAGUGGAUUCUCUCUUAUCCUCAGCUCACUGUUUCUGGCUACUGUCAUGCUGAUCCAACGAUGCUGGGGACCACAAACAUUCUCCACCAGCGAUGCCGAUUCAACGUUCGCCUCCUUGAAGAAUGGCCAAAUGGAUCUACCGACGUACAAGGCAGUACAUGAUGAACCAAAGCUAGCAGGGACUGUCCCUGCAUGUUGAGACAUUUUUGUAAGCAUUUUUUAUUGAGUGAGUGGAUGUUACUGUAAUACCAAAGUGUGUUGUUCCUUAAUGGAAACAUCAAAAUGCAGUUAUUCCUGUCAACGUGAACUUGUGAAAAUCCUAUAACACCAUCACAAAUUCUGUGUUGAUUACCAGUCAGGAAAAGUUACUCUAUUUGUUCAAAAAAGAAAGAAAAGUUUAUUAAGAAUUGGUGGCUCUGUAGAAUAACACUUCACUUAGUACCAGUGUUUGUUUGUUUAUUAUUUUGAAGAUUAUGUCUACAUUAAACAUGCAAUGUAACACCAAAGUUAUGCAAUAAUAACAUAUACAUUUGUGUAUAACAUUAAAUAGAUUGCACUAAAAUUCACUGAAGACAAGCUAUUUGUACUGGGCAUUUCCAUGUAAAAGGACCCAUGAGCACCAACAUGUGAAGUGCAUAGGAGCAUGUCAAAUGAAAGCUAAGAGUCUAUAUUUUUGAGAAAGUAAGGCAUAUUUACGUUUUCAACCAUUUUCCAUUCUAAAAAUCAGCAAAGGCUUUGAUUUCUGGUCAGAUGGAAAAAGCCUUAAAAGGUCUUAGAAAUACUGUGCAUCAAAACACAACAUUUGAACCAAUCAUAGACAUCUAUGUUUCACAAGCUAGGAUAGCACAGUACAGUACACAGUACAGUGAAGCACAGUAGAGUACAGUACAGAAGAGUAUCGUUCAGUACAGUAGAGUACACUAUAGUCUAUUCUAGGACACUAAAAUAAGGAUAUUGCAUAAUUCUACCUUUGUGUACCUAUUCAGGAUACAUCACCAUGAAGAGAAUGACACUCAUAUCCAUAAUUAUGCAUUUCUGUGUAGUACAGAUCAUGGACCCAUGCUGUAAACACAUUACCAUAAUUACAUUACCAGAUGUAAAUUCACUUCACUUAUUGUAGUUCAAUAACCACAUUUUCCCCCCCCCAAGCUCAAGGUGUCAUGUCAGAGAUAUUUAACAGUUUUGGGAAAACUGAGGGAGAUUUUUAAACUUUAAAAUCAAUGGUUUUUCUUUGGCAUACAUUCUAACGCAAAAAAAUCUGAGUCAAAGCGUAAUUCCGUUAUCGUGGAAUUGCUCUACUGUGACUGAACGCAUCACUUUGUAGUGUUGUUCACAAAGUGCGUUAUAAACCUACACUGUGAAAUAUGGACUUGUGUUUCACAUACCGGUAUACUAAUACUAAGAUGUCAUUCAAGACCAAACAGAGCCAUGGAUGUUCAAAAGGUGCCCCCCCCCCCAAAAAAAAAAACAAGUGAUCAAUGAUUCCUUCACCUGCUGCUGUGUUUGAAAAUAUGAGUUGAGAUGUAUCCAUAUUUUGAAAGAGGAGAAUGUGUUUUAUUUUUUUUUGCACAUUAAUGCCUACAGGGACAAAAAUACCAUGAAUGCCUACAUUUCCUAUGUGUUUAUCUUCACCUUUUCUAAUUACAUAUAUUUAUCAAUUGAUAAACAUGAAUAUGAUGCCUUGUUGGGUUGCCGUCAAGCAGCACAGUCAAUAUUUGUACUAUCGUAGAGAGUUAUAAUGACAGUCUUGAGUCUUCCUCUGAAAGUUCAGAACUCUUUUCUAGUUUUAAAUUGUUUAAACAUGUUAUUAUGUUGAACAUCCAUCUAUUGGUUCCUUGUCGGAUGAUGUGGUGUUGAGAUAAAGCAAAUUGAUGUUCAUUCGGGGAACUGUCUCAUUUGUCAUGUGUCCUGUUUCUAAUAAUAAUCCCACUCUAGUACAGACUUGAAGACCAUUAUUUAGUGAUUAUUUGACCUGCAACCAUCGUCUGUACACCUAGUAGCCCUUCAGGACCUGAGUUAUGAGGUCAAACGCAAACAGAUUGGAUAACGUUCCUGGGGAAAUACAUCUCUGUGCAUUAGGCCUAUUUCUAUAGGGUCACGUACUCAGGAAGCAGCAAAUGAUAACCGCAGAAUUCCAAUAUGUGAAACAACACUUACCCAAUCAGAUUGUUCUUUUUUAUGUUGUUCCCCUCUGGAAUCAAAUUCCAGAAAAUGUUUAAUGUGUGCCUGGUAUUAAUGAAUGAAUAGUGGAAGUGAAAAAACACAGAGAAUAUAACCACUAAUGCACGUGACUGCAAGCGAAAGCGUGAUGGUGCAAUGCAUCUGACUGUUGAUGAUUCACUGUGUCAAUAUUUUCAAUGUAUCUGUCACAAAAAAAUAAAUACAUUAUUAUUAGUACUGUAGUUUAAUUUCUCAGAACCAAGAGAUACAGCCAUGCAGUCAUGAACAUUCACUCUGCAUUUCCUUCACUCCCUGUCACGCCCUGAUCUUAGAGUUCCUUUUUAUGUCUCUAUUUUGGUUUGGUCAGGGCGUGAGUAGGGGUGGGCAUUCUAUGUUCCCUAUCUAUGUUUUGUAUUUCUGUGUUUUGGCCUGGUAUGGCUCUCAAUCAGGGACAGCUGUACAUAUUUGUCGCUGAUUGGGAGCCAUACUUAGGUAUCCCUUUUUCCACCUGUCUGGUGUGGGAAGUUGUUUUUGCAUUGCUGUGAGUAGCCUGCAAAACGGUUCGUUAAAUGUGUUGCUUCUUGUUUAGUUUUUUUCUGGUUCACCGUUUAUAUUAAAGUAUGAUGAACCCAA